CGUGGCCUCGCGCGCUGGGCAGGAAGUCGGGAUGGGCGGUGCUUAGAGCAGCCUGGGGGAGUCGGAGCGCCCGCCUUGUUCUCCCUCUUCACUUAGCGCUCUCCUCCGUGUGUGCAGCAUCUUGUGAUCCUCCUGAGCGAAAUUCAUCAUGUCUAUUCUCAAGAUCCAUGCCAGAGAGAUCUUUGACUCUCGUGGAAAUCCCACGGUUGAGGUUGACCUCUACACCUCAAAAGGUCUCUUCCGAGCUGCUGUGCCCAGCGGUGCUUCAACUGGUAUCUAUGAGGCCCUGGAGCUCCGAGACAAUGACAAGACGCGCUACAUGGGGAAGGGUGUCUCAAAGGCUGUUGAGCACAUCAAUAAAACUAUUGCACCUGCCCUGAUUAGCAAGGUAGGACAUUCCUCCUCAAAACUACUGUGUAUCAAUACCACCAAAGCCAGGCCCAGGGCCUUUCCUGUUCCCUGA